AUGGGCUGCAAGCGCAAGCAUUCGUCCGACGACUCGUCGCUCUCCCUCUCGGGCUUUGGCGCCAUGCCAACGCCUGACACCCAGUCGCCAGCAUGUUUCACAAAGAACCAAGAUGCGAUGAUGGAUGUGGACAGAAGCACGCGGUCUCAUGGCUGGGAUUUUAUGAGUGCAAGUCGGGUCAAGAGCAGUGACUGGGGCAACCGGACAUGUAAAAGAGUGCGCGACAACCGACCAGAUGAGCAUGCGAUACAUGAAAACACGCUGAACAAGCUCUUUUCUGCUCAGCGCAACCAUCGCGACGAGCCAGCCCCAUCUUCCCAGUUCCUUCCAAUUCAGCAUCCUACCAUAACCACGCCGAAGCCGCAAAAGUCCACACUGCAUUCCUUUUGGAAACAACUACCUGCGCCACCUGUUCAGCCCAUCUUUUCAGUCACCGUACAGCAGAAUCAAGGCUCGUUGCAGCUACCCCGGUGCGAGGAUUGUGAUUCUGCACUGCAGAGUGAAGACGACAGUAUGGACAUUGACAUGGAUGCAGACUUGGGAGAAGCUGCCCAAGGAAGUGCCUUUGCGUGCAGCGACUGCGCCAGGAAGGUCUGUGGGUCUUGUGCCGUAGUCUCAACCACAAGACAUUGCCUACAAUGUGCUACUACUGGGAGAAACUCAAGGCGAUGGUGGUAG